UCCCCGGGCUCGACUCGCCCAGCAUCCAGUGUGACAGCCUGGAGUGUCCGCCCUGCUCGUCCUGCUGCUGCUGCCGCGGCAGUGCAGGGUCGGUGGGGGUCAGCGAGGACAGUCUGCAGGCCCCUCUCGCCCUGUGCUCCGGCCGGGGGUGCCUCGGGGCGCACCCGGCAUCCAGCGACCUCUCCGACAGCCUGGAGUCACUUAUCCAGCACGACAGCCUCCAGUCGCUCUCCAGCCUGUGCGUGAGCUCCUCCAGUAUCAGCGGUGAUAGCCUUGAAUCCCUCUCCAGCCUGAGCCUCGGGGGCACCAGCCAGCACAGCGAUCUCGAGUUUGUCGGCCCCUGAGACUGCUUUCAUCUCGCCUUCAUCUCUACACAGACCGCCCUCGCCGCUGGAUCCUUCCAGCUGCUCUGAGAGCUUCCACGUUUGUGCCCUUCAUUCACAAGGUGACAUUCAAGUUGAUCCUUCUUCCUGCACCCAGUGCAGUAACCUCAGCCUUAUUGUCUGUGGCUGCCAUUCCCAAAUUAAGUGCUUCAGAAGGUCAGUGUUCAUUAUUGCCUGGUUCUUUACCAUCAGUUAAGAAUGGAAGUGCGUGUUCCUCGGAGAAAUCCCAGCUAUCUCUCUGAUCUCUAUGAGAACAUGUUAAGGGCUGAAGGAGCAGCACGACGAGGACAACAGCAGCCCCCAGCAGUCCGUACAAGUAGCAGCCUGACUUUUCAGAGCAGCACUUCAGCCAAGAAGAGCCCCCAGCCAAACCACCCUCAGAGCAGCACAUCCUCCAGCUGUGACCCAGCACUGCGGCCCAUCAUACGCCGCCGAGCCAGGUCUUUGCCCACAUCACCUGAAAGGAGAAGAGCAGUGCACUGUCAGCUUCCUGAGUGCCAGAGUCGUAUGAACCGGGUGAGGUUUGCCGAUGCUUUGGGUUUGGAGCUCACCGAGGUGAAAGUCUUCCAGACUGGCGAGGAUCCAUCCAUCCCCUUGCAUGUCCUUUCCAGGCUCUCCAUAAACUCAGACCUCUGGUACAGCAACUCAGACUUGGAGUUUACUAUGCAAUGCUUGGUCCCAGACUUCCAGCAGCCUGCAGACUGUAUAGAUUUCUCCUCCCGACUUCAGGAGCAGCAGGUGUGUCUGGAGCGGGUGACCAGCUCCGAUCUGGGGCUCAGUGGCACCAUCCAGGUUCGCAAUGUGGCGUUUGAGAAGCGGGUGUCCGUGCGCUACACCUUCGACCAGUGGCAGAGCCUGCACGAAGUGUGUGCUCGCUGGCACCACAGCAUCCCCGAGAAAAACGGGCAGGAUCAGGCCGAUGUUUUCACUUUCUUCCUUCCUGUGCCUCCUUUCCUCCUCCAGCUGUGCUCUCUCGUCCAGUUUGCAGCAAGGUACCAAGUCAAUGGCCAGGAGUACUGGGAUAACAACAGAGGCCGAAACUACACCCUCACCUGUCGGACCCACCCCCUUAAGAUGCCGAGGGAGUGUCAGGAGAGCUGGAUCCACUUCAUCUGAACAAAGGAAGUGGGUGCAGAGCAGCUUGUCAGUAGUCUUGGUGGCACUCUGUUCCUUGGCAUGGCUCUCUGCUCCUAUGGCAACAGUCUUCUUGGUAAAACCUGCCAAACCUGGCGAAGUGUCCCAGGGCUGAGGAGCAGCCAGUGACCCUGACAAACUGUUCCAAACUUCUCUGAAAGCUGAAAGGGCCAAAAUCUUUACUGAGAUUCACUUGUGGAAAGCCCAUGUCAUUUCUUGUAAUGUGUGAGCAGAAUGGUUUCAAGGAAUGCUGUCAGACUACCAGAGGGUAAAGCAGCACAUUUCUUUUUCCUAGUAAUACUCUGGGUUGCACAGAAUGUUUUUAACUGAGCUCAUUUUGUACUAUUUGUUUACUAAAUCGCUUUACUAGUUUUGUUUCUAAUUUUGUUUGUAUUAUCUCACCAAGUCUGGGCACUAUUCCAUUUAUGCAUAAUUUGGAUGGCAGACACUGUAGGGAGUACUUGUAUUUAUAUAUAUCGUAUUAAGGCUGUAACCACGUUAAAUAUUCCCAUUAAUAUUUGGGUUGGGAAUUAAAUGUUACUACGAGCAGAACAUACAUGGAAAUAUGCCAUCAGCCCCUCUCUUUCCCUUAAAAAAUACCCAAAAAGGUGCCUUUUCUUAUCUCCAGUUAUUGCAGCAGGAGUGAUUGUUAUUAAAAUGUGUGUAAGGCAGACCUUCCUAGGGAAAUUCUCAUCUUUUUCAGGUGGUGCCCAAAUAGGUUUUUCUCUUGUCCUUUCCUGGUGCACCUGUAUUUACUAAGGGAAACUAGAGCAAUUUUGGACUUGUGUUGCAGUUGAAGAUCUCAAAACAUUAUAUGAAUGCUCAUGAUUUUACCAGUGUUUCUGGUAAAAUUAUAAAUCAAGAAAUGGAUAUGAGAUAGAUAUAUAGAUAUGUAUAAGGAAAAAAAUAGCACAGGGAGCAGGUUACAGAGCCUUGGAUCCUGAAUCCUGGCUCCCUGUUCCCAAGUGUCCCAGUACUACUGCAGCAGGACCUUUGAAUUCUUUAUUUAACUACUUCUCAUUGUAAAACUCCAAGACUGCAGGGAGAGCACAGGAACACUGUUACACACCGUCUUCCCAUGAUUCUUGCACUACUACUUUUAUUCUGUGUUUUUAGUGUGGUUUAGGAUUGGCAACAGGCUUGGAUCUAUUGAGCAAAAGAUUGUCCAUAAUUGUUUUCAUACAUAUGGGCAUUGUUUUCAUAACUGCAUGGAAAGUUUAACUUUAUAUGGUAGCAUGAAUUUUCAGAGCUGGCUGGCUGGAGGUAUUAGAAAAGCUGCUUUUUAGGAUUGUACUGUGACAAUCAGGCCACUUAUUUGGGCAUCUUAUUUUGGAUUGGUGCUUAUUUAUUGAAAUCACAAGUAGGUUUUAAAAUCACAAUUUUAAGGAACUCAUGACCAAUUCUAUAUUAGCCCAAAACGUCUCCUGAGUAAUUCUGGAAGUGCAGAAACCCCCAGAAAAUUUGUCUGGCAACUUAAUGUUGCUCCUUUUUGUGGUACCCAUUUAGCAAAGCUGGGAUUUCAAGUGAGGAAGCUGCCUCAUUCCAAUUAGGCUUUGGCUUUCAGAGGAGCCAAAGUCAUGAAUGAAGAUUCAUGAGCUGCUGAGCACCUCCUGCAGAGUAUUCAGAAAAUUCCGUCCUAUUUGGAACUAUUGAGUAUUGACUGUGUUGGCUGCUUUGCUGGAGCAACUGUGAGGCUGAACAUUUAGGUGGAAAUUGUUUUGAAGGAGGAGGUGAGGCUGAGGUGGGAUUAUCAGAGGGGAAAGUGCUGCCUGCACCCAGUGUCCCUGGGUUAGAGCAGUGACCAUUACCAAGCUGGCAGCAACUUCUUGCCUGGAACUGUAAGUCGUGUCUUCCUCAUAUGGCACAAAAGAUGAGAACUCUGUAAGAAGGGGCAUUGUCUAAUUGUAAGGAAUUUUGCCUCCUCUGCUGGCCCUCCUGUGACUAAGUGACAAGACAGUAUAGGACAUACAAUAUCUGCACUAGUCAAUCUAUAUUCUCCCUAGAAAUGGAGAUGUUCUCCCUGUAGUUGAUUGCCUGUGGUGUGACAAACUGUAUCACCUCUGCUGAGUGUGGAGAGGACACUGUGGGACUAGUGCUGCCAUUCUGCAGCUCAGCUUUAGUGCAGGUUGUGCUAAAUCAUGCCAGAGUGAGUAGGUGUCGAGUGAGGUGAGCUGGAACACACCUUCCCUGACUGCAGAAGAAUCUUUAGUGGCAGGAAUUGAAAUUGGGUACACUUACUUAGAUGAAACUUGCUGACGUAGGGAAUUCCAUUAAAGUUUAUCCACUAUUGUUAAGUCCCUGGAGGCAAAGUUAUGUACUUGUCAGUAAAGUAAGAAGGAAGUGGACAUGCACACACACAGGAGCAGCUGUGCUGAAUAAAAGGCACUAUUUUAAGGUAUUGUUCCCCUCCUUUUCCCUCCCAGAUUACUGUGUUUCUUCCCUCAGCAAACCCAGCAGACCCUGAAAGUCCCUCUGGUAUUGGACAGGAGCUCAGAGCAAUCCUUGGCUUCCUGGCAGAAAGAUGCUGUUGCCAUCUUCUGGGAGGGACUGUCAUGUGCCAGCAACUGUCAAAUCUGAGUGUUAUCUCAGACAAGGACAGAUUACAUAAAGCUGAGGCUCUCAGUAUAAAGGGUGAUGCCAGAUGUACCACAGUGCAGAGGGGAGGAAAUGAAUGUCUCAGCAGUCUGAGUUGGGCUUGUAUUGUCUUCCUUCUGCCACCUCUCCGGGUAUUGGCACGUGCAAAAUCUUGACUACUAAAUACUAAAGCAUUAUUCCAAGUUUCCCUUUGCUCUCCUUGCUUGCCUUGCACUGCUGGAGAAGCACUGGCAGUAGCAGUUCCUGGCAGUGCAGCUCUCUGGCACUGCUGGCUGCCAGUGGAGCAGCUGAGCUGGGAGUGAUCUCCGGGUUAAGCUGUUAAACGUUCACACCAGUGCUGGCACCUGUCACAUCAAAGAGGAAACAGGCACUUAGGUUUUCUUGUCACAUUCAGCAGUCAGCAUCAAAAGGCUUCUGGUUAACAAAAAUGGGAUUAAGCCAUUAAGUAGUGGUAAUAUGCACUUCAUGAAGGUAAGCUUAUGACCACCUCUGUAUCUUCUCAGGACAACUUGACUGCUUGCACUGUGUUCAAACCAAGCACUUCCCUUAUCAUGAAGAUUUUGUACAAGUGAAUUCUUCACGAGGGUUAUUGCCAUUUAAUGCACUUUUUAAAAAUGUAUUUAUUAUUGUCAUACAAUAAAUGAAUGUCUGGUAGCCCACAGUUUCAAGGUUCUUCCGAGCACGUUUUUUAAAGAAACAUAUGAAAUCCUUGUAAAUGAAAAGGGGGUUGUCUUCUGUGAUUAAAUGUCUUGUCCAGAAUAAAGUACAUUACACAGGAUAUCACUAAAGCACAUAUGCUGGACAAAGAGUCUAGCAGUUGUAAAAUUGCAAAGUUUUUAGUUCAUUUUAAAAAGCAAUAAUAAAACUAUGGCUAUUGUAAUACAAGAGAUUGAAAUAAAAGCUUUUCACAAUUUUAUGUUUUUUCUGUCAGUGGUACUCCUUUUAAGAAAACUCAUGAGUUGUCACAGAGCAUCAUACUCAGGGAGGUCAGGUGGUUUUGAGUUGCUAAACAGUGAACAGCACCUGAUGCACAUGGUGAUAGUCUGUGCAGCUGCAAAGAUGGUCAGGCUGCCACUUUGAACAUGGAAUUUGUUGUCCUUUCACCUCAGAGUUCUAUGUAUGCAGCACCUGCAGAAUAAAGAUCUGAUGUUGGAAAAAGGCACACUGACUGUUGAUUCUAAUAGACCUUCAUGGAAGAGAGAAAGGGAUUUUUCUCUCAUUGCACUUUCCAAAGCUGUGC